GCCGGAGAGGGAGCGGUUACGCGCACGCGCACACGCACAGUCUAUGAACGCGGACAGGUAGAUUGCCAUUAUCAGUGUUCAGGUAAUUCUGUAAAUCACAGCCACGGGACUCUGCGUAGCACAUUUAAAGGGGUAUUCACCAAUAUGUCAGUCCGAUCAAGACCUGGAUAUUAUCGCCAGGAAGUAAAUAAAACCAUUUGGGAGGUGCCGGAGAGAUACAAAGAUCUGAAACAGGUGGGGACGGGGGCAUAUGGUACAGUAUGCUAUUCACUUGACCGGAGGACAGGAGCAAAGGUGGCCAUCAAGAAACUCCAUCGUCCCUUCCAGUCUGACCUGUUUGCCAAAAGAGCGUAUCGGGAGCUCAGGCUGCUCAAACACAUGAAGCAUGAUAAUGUUAUUGGACUUGUGGAUGUUUUCACUGCAGAUCUUUCUCUAGACAGAUUCCAUGACUUUUACUUGGUCAUGCCUUUUAUGGGUACUGAUCUAGGAAAGUUAAUGAAAAUGGAGAGACUAUCAGAGGACAGGGUCCAGUAUCUCGUCUACCAGAUUUUGAGAGGACUCAAAUAUAUCCAUGCUGCUGGAAUCAUUCAUAGGGAUCUCAAACCAGGCAAUCUGGCAAUAAAUGAAGAGUGUGAGCUUAAGAUCCUGGAUUUUGGUCUAGCGCGGCAAGCAGACAGUGAAAUGACGGGCUACGUUGUGACACGCUGGUACAGAGCACCUGAGGUCAUUCUUAGCUGGAUGCAUUACACACAGACUGUGGACAUCUGGUCAGUCGGUUGCAUCAUGGCAGAGAUGCUGCUAGGGAAACCACUGUUCAAAGGAAAUGACCACCUGGAUCAGCUUAUGGAGAUCAUGAAGAUUACAGGGACGCCAACAAAAGAGUUCACGGCCAAACUACAGUCUGAAGAUGCUAGAAACUAUGUAGCAAAGUUACCAAGACUUAGAAAGAAAGAUCUUCGGAUAUUGUUACCAAAUGUUAACCCACAAGCAAUUAAUGUGUUAGACAGCAUGCUGCUGUUGGACCCUGAAAGUAGAAUAACAGCAGCAGAGGGACUGGCUCUUCCCUUCUUCUCGGAGUUUCGUGAACCAGAGGAGGAGACCGAGGCCCCACCGUAUGACCAUUCACUAGAUGAAGCGGAUCAGUCAGUGGAGCAAUGGAAACGACUCACCUUCACUGAAAUUCUGACCUUCCAUCCGGCACCAGUGGUGGCAGAAUCGAAAGAGACGGCUCUUUGAGAUUGCUUAUUUUUAUGUCAUCAAGCCUUUACAUUUGUACCAUGUCAUAUGCAGACUGAACUUUUUUCUUUUCUUUUUUUGAGUGAGUGUACUGUUUUAUUUUUUUGCCUUUUGCAAGUAUGUGAUUAUGGUACCUUUAUUUUUUUUUUUUUAUUUUUUAUAUUUUUGUUUUUCAAGAAAAGUACAAGUCACUUGCCACUGCCAGCAUUAAUGCUGACACAUAAUUACACUGAAAUGCUGCAAUGCAAAUUUCUGUAUGGUUUACAUUUAGGCCUGAAAUAGAAAAAAAAACUCUUUUUCAGGUUUUUGCCAAACCUCACAGCCAAAUACUUCAGUAUCUGCAAGAGUAUUAACUUGCCUUCUAAAACAGACUGUCAACCCGGCCACAGUUACGAAUGCAGAGUCCAAAAAAAAAAAAAAAUGCAGUUAUGCAAAGGAAAAUGACAAUGUACUGUAAAAUAUGUAUUUUUAAAUUGAUCAUAGUUUUUGUUGUAUAUUUUUAAAAUCAGUUUUAUGGAAAA